CUCGACUUCACACGCCGCCUCCGUCGGAUUUAUGACAGGCAACCAAUCUUCGUCUUCACACCCUGGGGCUGGCCGGCUGCAGAUGGCCAAAUCAGCUAUUAUUACAACGGAAGGUAUGAACAGAUAGUGAACAUGAGAACGAUAAAAAUAUCUUCCUCGUCAAUGCGACAGGUUGGGUCUCGUGGGAUGAUGUUUUCCUGGAGUAUAUUAUCACUACACUCCUCCCAGUACCCAUUGCGACUGACUGACAACACAGCAACCUACAUCCAACCAUUGCUGGUCAUCAGAAAACUGCCGGCAAGUUUAUAAAUUGGCUAGAGAACUGGGGCUUAAAGCCAGAAUCUCGGUGGGUUACGCCUGUACUAGUUUGAAAUUUAUGUAGUAAAUCUAAAAGUGAGGCCCCGAUUACCUCUCUCCUCUGCUCUAUUGUUUUCUUCCGCUUUCUCGUCCCCACUCAGUUCCGCGUAGAGUGCUGCGUUUCGUGCGUUUCUACGACGAUAGUAGUAUUUCUGUACGAACCAGAGGAUUAAUGCAAC